AACUGUCAUCAUUGAAAUUCAUGUUGACACAACAAAAUUAACCACAGCACUGGUUGAUAUUGCUGAGUAUAGUGAUUAUCCAGAAGAACAAGAAGUUCUCUUCGAUUUAGGGGCAUCAUUUACUAUAGAUAAUGUCACUUAUGACGAAAAAGAUAAAAUAUGGUUAGUUAAAUUAUCUUCUGUAUCUGAAGAAGUUUUAACGAAUGAUAUACAAACAUUACUUAAGGGAUGUACAGAAACAGAGAUGAACCUAUUACUUGGUGAAUUAUUACUGAGAAUGGGAUAUUACAGUAAAUGUCGAAAGUAUUUGGAAAGUCUUUUUAAUUUGUAUGGAAAUGGACAUGAAUAUAUGGCUAAAAUUUACGAACUUAUCAGUUGGUCGUACACUGAUGAAAAGGAAUAUGAUCAAGCGAUAUUGAACUAUGAGAAAGCAUUUGAUCGUUACUCAUCAUCUAAUCGAUGGGAAGAUGCUUCGAAAGUGGCAAGUGAUAUCGCUGCUUGUUAUUAUGGAAAAGAAGAUAAGAAUGCUGCGAAAACAUGUAAAUGUAAUCAUCAUGAUGAUAAAAUUGCACAAAUAUAUGAAAAUAUAGGUCUUACAUAUAGAGAUGAUGGAAAUUAUGUACAAACAAUUGUAUAUUUUCAAGAAAGUGAAAAAUUACGAAGAAAAUAUGUUACAUUCUGGAAAGAACGUAAAGCAUACACACAAUGUUUAAUCAAAAUUAUUGAACAACAUCUUAAUAUUGGAGAGAUUUAUAUGAAAACAAAAGAUUAUAAAUGGGCAUGUGAACAUUAUGAUAAAACUUAUGAAAUAUGUGAAACAAAAAUAACUUCGCAAGAAAAACAAGCACAAUGUUUGUUUGAUAUUGGUCAUCGAUUAUUAAUUGAUGAUAAAGAUUAUGCUUUUAAAUUUGUUACAAUGUCAGAAGUAUCUGAUAUAAUCAAUUCAAAUAAAAUAAUAUUGUAUGCAUUUCGUUUUGGAACAUCUGAUAAACUUGUUCAUCUCACUCAACAACAACUUGAUCGUAUUCCUUACUUGUGUGCUCUUGUGGCACAUAAAGAUGAUUUUUUAUUAAAUCAAAAUGAAUAUGAUGAAUAUGUACUGCAUCAUCCAAUUGAAUAUACUUGGUUUAUGCCUAUUUUUCGUUCAAUUACUUCCGAACAUCCAUACAUAUUAUUUAAUGAAGUACCUGAAGAUGAUAAUAUAUUAAGGGGCAAAUUUAAACUAAUAUCUAAAAAUAUGGCAAUCUAUAUCUAA